UUUGACGUCAUCGGCACCGACGGACCCCGAGCCGCACCCGAGCAACUCCUGUGCCGACACCGGUACUUAAUUUCUCAUGUCGUUUGUUUCCACACGGUUUGUUUCGGGGAACGUACCGUUUUCGCUCAACAACAAACAAAACAUAUCGGAUCAUCAUGGAGUUCGCAGAGCUGAUAAAAACACCCAGAGUGGAUGGAGUGGUCCUGCACCGACCCUUCAUGCCCACCGUGGAGGGAACUCUGUGUUUGACUGGACAUCACCUGAUUCUGUCCUCCAGACAGGACAGCGCGGAGGAGCUGUGGCUGCUUCACGCCAACAUAGACUCCAUAGAGAAGAGAUUUGUGGGAUCUUUGGGACGCAUCGUAGUCAAAUGUAAAGACUUGAGGAUUAUCCAGCUCGACAUCCCUGGAAUGGAGGAAUGUCUCAACAUUGCCAGCUCAGUUGAGGCUCUCUCAACACUCGACUCCGUCUCCCUGAUGUACCCGUUCUUCUACCGGCCCAUGUUUGAAGUCAUCGAGGAUGGAUGGAAUUCCUUUCUUCCUCAGGACGCCUUUAAGGAUUUGGAGUCAAUAACAGAUGAGUGGAGACUGAGUGAAGUCAACAAGGAUUUCAGCGUGUGCUCUUCGUACCCACCCCUAGUGGCCGUGCCCAAACACAUCGACGACGACACGCUGAAGAAAGUAGCCACCUUCCGCCACGGUGGUCGUUUUCCUGUACUAAGCUACUACCACAAGAAAAACGGCAUGGUUAUGAUGCGAGCAGGGCAGCCGCUGACGGGCACCAACGGACGGCGUUGCAAGGAAGACGAGAAGCUGAUUAAUGCCACUUUGAGGGCAGGGAAACGGGGAUACAUCAUCGACACACGCACCAUCAAUGUCGCCCAGCAGGCCAAAGCUCGAGGUGGAGGCUUUGAGUCUGAAGGGAACUAUCCGCAGUGGAGGAGGAUCCACAAAGCUAUUGAAAGGUCUAACAUCCUCCAAGAAAGUCUGAUUAAGCUGGUGGAGGCCUGUAAUGAUCAGUCCCACAGCAUGGACCGCUGGCUGAGCAAGCUGGAGGCGUCCAACUGGCAGACUCACAUCAAAGAGAUCCUCACCACUGCUUGCCUGGCGGCCCAGUGCAUCGACAGGGAGGGAGCGUCCGUGCUCGUUCACGGCACAGAAGGGACCGACUCCACCCUGCAGGUGACCUCUCUGGCUCAGAUCAUUCUCGAUCCCACCUGCAGGACCAUCAAAGGCUUCCAGGGGCUGGUGGAGCGUGAGUGGCUCCAGGCGGGUCACCCCUUCCAGCAGCGCUGUGCCCAGUCCGCCUACUCCAACAGCAAACCUCGGCAGGAGGCUCCGGUCUUCCUGCUCUUCUUGGACUGCGUGUGGCAGACCCUACGCCAGUUUCCCUGCUCCUUUGAAUUCAAUGAGGCCUUCCUGGUGCUGCUGUUCGAACAUGCAUAUGCCUCUCAGUUUGGGACUUUCCUGGGCAACAGUGCAGCAGAGAGAGCCAGGCUGUCUCUGGCUGAGAAGACCGUGUCUCUUUGGUCGUGGGUGAAUCGUCCUCAGGAGCUGGAGCGUCUGACCAACCCGCUUUAUGAGGCCAACAGUCUUGUGAUCUGGCCCUCCGUGGCUCCUCAGAGUCUGCUGCUGUGGGAAGGAGUGUUCCUUCGCUGGAACCGUUCCUCCAGGUGUCUGGAUGAGGCGUACGAUGAGAUGGUGCACAUUAUUGAGUACAACAAGGAACUUCAAAAUAAAGUCAACAGCCUGCGCAGGCAGUUGGCCCAGCUGGAAACCGAAGAUCCUCUGUUACACACACCAUAGACACACACACAUGCACACACAAAGCUAACACAUUAGUGUAAAAGAGUUGAAAACGCCAAAGUAACCGGGCGAAAAUCAGGCAUAAUCCUGUUUUUUCACAUUGGUGAAGUUUAAGUUAUUUUCAGACAUUUCAAAGCAAAAUCAAAGUCAGUUUAAUGAUUCUAACAGUUACAUUCUGACCUGUUGGAUAUGUUUGUUCCCCAAACCUACAACUUUAGCUUUGGACCGCUCAUCUGCUUUUGUCAUAGUUGAACGGAUUAUUACCGGGUUCAUCACUUCCUGUUUUUUAUUUUUCUCCUCUGGAGGUUCAUCAUUUCCACCAAGUGUGUACUGCACUGAGGCAAUGCGGGGUAACCAUGGCAACAUGGAGGUGUCAUGUGACUCCUCGUCAUGUUGGGAUGAGAUGUGUAGGUGAACACCCGCUGUAUUGUACUACUUGAUGUUUUUCAGAAUUUUGCAUCAUUUACUUGACUUUCUGAUUCAGUCGCAUCAACUGAGUUGAAGUAAAGCCCUUAAAAUCCCAAGUCCUACUGGCAUGAAACCAAUAAAAUACGCUGGAGAGUGGGAUGAAGCGAAGGUGGAAGGAUGCUACAGAGGGUCCUGUUGUCAUGGCGAUAGCAUGAAGAUCAAGUUGAGUUCUGUUUCUAGAGUUUUAUCCGCUUGAAAAUCUUGUACUUAUCAGACGUUUUUCUUUAAAGAUUCAUUUUUUUUUCUAUUUAGUGAAAAUUCGACAUGAUUCAUAAAUAUUGAUGCACUUUUUUGUACAUAUAAGAUGAUCGAAGCCAUAAUCAAUCUGAGAAAUCUUAUUUCUGUUACUUACUCAGAUAAAAAAAAACGCCUAUUUAAAAGAAACACAAACACCGUUAGCAUUUACUUAUUUAUCAGAGUCAAUUGUGAAAAGGCUUUUAUUCUUAAAGUUUAGCUUCUUAAUGGCUCGGUCGUGUUGUGAUCUUUAAAUGUGAUCGUGAGCAGAAUCUUGUUGAGAUUCUUACGCUUCAGAAAUGAGUAGGAGUCGAGAGAGAAGUGGAGAAAGUCGGUGGUUCACAAAGCCACAUAAACAAGAUCGUCACAGUUUCAAAAUCUGUUGAUUUCUCUUUUUGGAGCAUUUAAAUGCUUGGAUCAGCCGUAACAUUAUGACCGCAUGUCCAAGGCCGCCAAAGCUGCCCUCAGACAAAUAGAUCCCUAAGAAGUUUUAUUUUUCCUGUCAACUGAAAAAAUCCACAUUUUAAUACAUAACAAACUUUAUUUUGAAAAACUAAAAAAAAUUAGGGGAGAACGGGUCAGUAAGAGAUUGAACUUACACUGUAAAAAAAUAAAGUGUUGAAUUAACUUUACCAAGUUAUUUCAACUGGUUCUACUAAAGCCAUUUGCUAAAAUGCAAAGAGUAUUAUAAUUUACUUUAAACAUAAAAAUGAAUAAAUGUAUAUAAUAUACUUUAUAUUUAAGCAACUAGGUUUAGUGGAACUAGUUAACGUAACUGAGAUAAGUGAAGUCAACCUUUUAUUUCUUAGAGUGCAGACUUUUGGUUGCAUUGCUUGAGCACAUUUUACACGAUCCAUAAGGGGUGGGGAAGAAUACUGGUGUGUGUGUGUGUGUGUGUGUGUGUGUGUGUGUGUGUGUGUGUGUGUGUGUGUGUGUGUGUGUGUGUGUGUGUGUGUGUGUGUGUGUGUGUGUGUGUGUGUGUGUGUGUGUGUGUGUGUGUGUGUGUGUGUGUGUGUGUGUGUGUGCGUGCGUGCGUUGUGGGGGGGUCAUUAAUGGGAUGGCUCAAAGUUGCCUCCAUACUAAUGCUAAGAUGUGGCUUUUCCCUCAUUAGAAAUCAUCAUUUUGAUAAAAUAAGCAGUCCAGUGUUACCCCAUAAGUGGUCGUAAUGUUAUGGCCCAUGUGUCUGGUCAGUACGCUUGGCCGUUCUCUUUAGAGACGGAUUUUGAGGGGUUUGUUUGUGUAUCAGUAACAAAACAAAUGUGUUUUGUUUGAACAUCAUAUCAUAUCAGAUCCUUCCUCCUGGAGCCGUAGGGAGUUGUGUAAUAACCACACUAAUCUACUUAUAACUACUUUACACAAGCACUCGAGCUAACUUUUAGCCAAAUGUACAUCUUACCUUUUUCUUUAGCUUUUUUGGUCACCUAAAACAACCAAAUCAAUGCUUUAUUGUGCAAUUCUUCAUAUUUCUAUUUGCUUAAAUGCUUUAUUGUGUAGAAGACAGAACUAAUGAUAAUAAUGUCACAAUGUGUGCAAAUAAUCCUGCUUCUGAACUUUGUGCCGCCUUACUGUAAGUUGUCCAAAUCCAAUGCUUGGAAAGGGAUUUCAUUCAGAAGUGUAAAUGUUUUUUUAUGUUUCAAAUCAGUAAAAGUUAUAAUUCAAAA